UUCGGGCUAAGCCUAAUGCCGUCGGAUGUGAUGUAAAUCGCAGUUUUGGAAUUAAUUUUAGGAUGUUAACUUGAGUUGUUUUUAUAUUUUGUCGAUCCAUUUAGUUUUUCCAUCAUUACUCUACUCUGGUUUCGUCUAGAACAAGCAUAUUGAAGCUCUGGUCUGCUUGGCGCCUUGGAUUAGCCUAGGCCUACUAGGAUGAUCUAAACGAGACAUCAUUCAGUGGAUACCUUCGGAAGUGAUAGUGUCGAGUGCGGUUAGUUGUGUGCAUCACAAGUGGUUAAGUGUUCUACUAAAUAGGCCUAACUUCAAGAGGAAUAGCCUAACUUAGUUAUUUGUGGGAAUUAAAAUGGCUGAGAUAAGUUAAGCAAUUUAACUUACCUAAAAGAGUCAGUGGAAACCCCAAGAAGAUGGCAAUUGAUAAUGAGUUUGGUUCCAAUUCAUGGUAAAUGUAGAUAUAGAUAGAUAACCUAGUCCUAGCAGGUCAAGAUUAAAAUAUUCGAUUGGCAAACCGUUACCGCAAUGACUCCGUUGAGUAAAAUAAGAGUAACCUGCCGCUUUGAGUUAGCCUAAAAAAAUGGUCAAAUUCUGCCUGACUGAUGUUUAUUAGUCUCUUUGGGUUAAACGUAUCACUAACCUAAGUUAGCCCUAUCUUAGGCGUUUGAGGAUUUUUCAUGGACUUAAAAUUUACAUAUAAGUUAAGCAUUCUUGCGGACAUUAAGUUAAAUUUCUACAUUAACUUAUAGGCCUAACUUGUAUUACUUAAUUCAAUAAGUACAUGAAUGAAUGGGCCUGAGAUAUGCCUCGGUGAGGCAGCCCAUUGCGGUUGUCAUGGCACCAGCUCUUACAGAAACAAGCCAACCCCAAGGGUUUUCUCUGAAAUCUGAUUCUUUGUCAUCUCCUGUUUCAUUGGUUCCAUUUGAUGAAAAUACUGAAGGUAUUAACACCAACAUCAAAUGUUUGAAGCGUUUGACUUUUUUAGACUCAAAUACUACUGUGGUAAUGAACGGGGAUUCUGAAAACAUUUCAGAUCUUAAGUCAGUGUCCGAUUCAAUUCCUCAAGAUCAACUAUGUAAAGGUAAAUCAAGACCUAGGCCUAGUUUGACUAAGCCUUCUGAAGAAUGUGAUCAGGCUGUUGUUAAAGAAUCUGAUUACUCGUUGCUUCAGAUUGGUGGGUUUAUGAUGAAUAGUAGUUGUUCCAAUGAAGCUGAUGUAGAUAAAAUGGGUUUGCAAAAGUCAGGUUCCAACAUUGAACCGUGUAAUUAUUUAAAAAUGGACUUGUUCAAGACAAUAGGAAAUAAUACUUCACCACAGGGUGAUUUGGGAGCUGCAGGUGACAUAGGUCAUAAUGUAGAUGAGAUAAUGCAGGUUAUAAAAAAUAUGGAAUCCAAAACUAGUGAUAUUGAAGAAACCCUAGAACCCAGUCUGCAUAUAAAUGAUGGACCCGAUAUUGCUGGAGGUCUAUCUAAUUUUGAAAGAGAAUUUUUUAAUGAUGUUGAUAUGAUUAACAUGUGUGAAGAAGAAAACCUUGGUGAGAAUGGAUUGCCUGCUGUCAAUAAAGACACAACAAUAAAAGUUAAGGGGAAGGAAACCGUGGAUAGACAAUUUACAAUUCACAGAAAAUGUGAUUGGAUUAAAAGGAGGCUUUACAAGCUACAAAUGAGAGCAAUGGGUAAACAUGUAAGCGAGGAAAUUACUUCAACGCUACACCAUUUAAAUGACGUGUUGAAUGCCGAUAAGACAUCAAACUUAUACUCCGCUUUGACAUCAGGAAAGGCAGAUAAGGAAAAAGGAAUUGAAAUUAACAAUUUUAAUUUGUCAUCUUUGACCAGGAGAUUGGAACAUUCCUCCCAACAGCAGACCCUUGCAGCAUCACAAAAUCAUGUCCCAUCUAAAUAUUUUGGAUCAGGUCAUUCUGAUAACUCGCCAGUCAAUAUUAUGAGCAGACAAAGCCAACCACUCUCUGGAUCAGUUUUGCCAAAGCUUGACAGUGAGGUGUAUGAAGAGAUGAAGAAUAAAGCUGGAGAGCUCUGUUACCAACUGAAAGUCACUGAAAUUAGCAUGGAUUCCGAUGUCACUGCAAGCAGUUCUGGAGGGGAAAGUUGUGAUGAAAUGCAGUGCUUCAGUAAUCUUCAGCAACAGAGCUUGUCAAUAACAAAGAGAGCGUCAUGGAGGUGGUCUCAAGACAGAGCUACUAUUGCCAGCAAGUGGACGUGGCUACAAGCACAGAUUUCUGAUCUUGAAUAUCGCAUCAGACAAACCAAUGAGCUAAACAAGAAGAUAAGGACGGGCAAAGGUGGUGUUAUUUUAGAAGGUGAAGAUCCUCCUAGGUUAUGUGACAGUGUUGUAGUGAACGGUUAUCAUGGUACACUACCAGGUGCGACUGGUAAAAUCAUUGAUGAUGAACCUGUGACUGUGAGUUCAUGCCGAACUAGACCUUUAAAGCGAACUUCUUUUCUGAAACGAAAAGUUCUAAGGACUGCAGGUCUUCAUUUAACAUCCAAGAAGGCAGCUAAACAAUCUACAAUACACUGUGGUUGUCAACCUCCCCUGCCCAGCUGUGCUUUGUGUACAGGAAGAACCAAUCCCACCCAACCACGCGAGGAUCUCGAUUUGCUGACUUUGAAUGAGAGGAUAGCAAUGGUGGACCCUGCAUUUCAUCCAGUUCUGUCAUUUCCAAAUGAUGUGUCUCAGAGUGUACACUUUGACGCCAUCAUGAAGACAUCAGACUGGCAGUUGAAGGCCCAACGGCUGCAGCCAAAGACCAUCACUAGAACCAUUGACAACAGUGAUGACUCAGCUCCUUCAGAGAAGCGACCACUUCUUGAACAGCAGAGGAGAAGAUACUUGAAGAGGAGCACUGGUGCAACAGCAUUAACUGAGAAAAUAAAAAAGAAGUUGGCUAAAGAGAGGAGAUCAAAAAUGCUUGGUGGUGCAAGGGAAAGAUUGAAGACAAGACGGAGAUUCUCUUCUCUCAGUUUCCAUGGAUUAUCAUGUUCAGAGGAUAAAGGGGAGGAAACAAGACAUGAAGAUGAAGACAGUAAUCCAGAUUCAUAUAUGAUGUUGGGUGGAACUCAUUCUUCACCCAUCCCAUCUCCAUCCCCUUCGUCUCACUGCAGCAAGGAGAGGGAUGCCUUUAGGCGUAAAAGAGAAAAUUCGUAUGAUAUCGACAAUAUUGUGAUUCCCUACAGUGUUGCUGCUGCUACAAGACUGGAAAAACUACAGUACAAAGAAAUACUUACACCAAAGUGGCGUUUGCUUCCUGUGGAGCAGCCUGCUAAAUUAGAUCUUAAGAAUAAUGGCUUGGUCAGGAGACUAAGUAAAGAAGAAGAAGAAACAACAGCAGCUGCUGCAGCAGAAGAGGAUGAAGCUGAAGAUUUGACUGAAGAAGGUCUCAUCAGCCGCCAUGAAAAGUGUGAACAAGAGGAGAGAAAAAAGUUUUCUACUUAUUUAAAACUUCCCAACAGUAUGGCCAGAUCAAGAAGCCAUCGUAGAGCUGACAGUAGGGCCGAGAGCAGUGGAGGCAACACACCUGAUCCUAUGAGUCCUGUGGCAGCUGAUGGAGGAGGGUCACCUAUGACAUCUCCCCCUGCCACCCCUCAACCUGCUGAUUGUGAUGUCUCUCAGAUACGAAGGAGAACUCUGUCACGAUGUGUCUCUCCUGUGGACAUCCAGCAUGAUGAGGUUGCUCCAUAUGAACUUAGAACGUUUCCUUUGACUGACGAAAUAUAUGAAAAAAUGUUAAAAGUCAUGCCACCUGGACACCCUUUUAAGGCUUAUUCAAGUUCUCAUCCUAACUAUUUGCGUGAUAGUGAAAGUGAGAGUCGCCCAGUGACCCCAGUAUCAGAUUCAACAGAAUCUGCAGACACCUUUGUAGAAGAAGACCCCAAUGACCCAGAAUGGACUGUGGGAGAAUCUUCUGUAGAAAGAGUUCCGUUUAAGAGGUAGAACAUAAUUGUUCUACUUCUUUCGCUGUGUAUAUAUUUAGUGUAUAUUCCUAUAGUUUUAGUUUCAUUUUUACACUUUCAAAAUGUUCAUAAAGACUAUGUUAACAGUGAUGUGUAUAGUGGCAAGAUAUUUGUAAUUAAAAUAAAUAUUUUAAUAGCAGAAAGUGUUAAAAUGGCUUAUUAUUUUCUGUAGGCUGUGACUAUCAUCUUUGUUAUAUUUUUUAGUGUUUAGGUUUUAAGAAUUAUGUAUAUUAUGUCAUCUAAACUAGUCCUUUGAUAACAGGAAUAAAAGUAAGUCCAUCUCGGGUAAUAUGAAAAAAAUUAAAUGAAAAAACUUCAGGAGGCAGGUUUAUAUUACUAUUGUAGAGGAUUUUUCAUAACUAUUCCCCCCAACAGAAUGAAACUACAACUUAUAUAGGAAUAUUAUAAACUACUUGAAAAAAAAAAAAAACUAAAGAUAUACGUCUAAUAACACAAGUAAUAAUAUAUUUACACUUAUACUGUUGACUCACAAGAUGGUAAAUACAUAUGAAAGGUGGUAAGUGGUACCAUAUUUGAGUACUACUCAAAUAUAUUACUACUAUAUUUGAGGCAACAGUAUAAGUGUAAAUAUAUUAUUACUAGUGUUAUUAGAUGUAUAUUUUUUCAGGUAAUUUAAUAACACGUACGAUGCUGAUCAAGAAGUUAUUUAUUUUGGGCCAAAAUAUAACCCCCUUCAUGAGUUUUGCUCAAAAUGUACAGCCUGGAUUAAUACCCCCUGUUCAGAUACAGAAUUUGGUGAUAUUAACUAAUUUUGUAAAUUAAAGGUGUUUCUGUAGAAAGACGUUUUCAGUUGACUUUUAUUUACCAUUCUAAUAGCGAAUUUCUCAAAGAGUCUCAUAGUAAAACCUGGCUCUGGGACCGAUUUACUUUUUUGUUUUGAUGUUCCCAGAGGCCAAAAACACCAUCUGUUCUCAAAUUCUUCAUAUAUUUAUAUAUAUAUAUGUCUCCGAUAGCACGUUAACUCAAGCAAAAAUGAUCCGAUUUUAAUGAAAUUUGGUACAAAAGUGUAAACCAACGUUUAUUUAAAAGAGUUCGGGAACCAUCAUGAUCAGACCAUGGUAACGGG